AUGCCCAAGUCCAAGAGAUCCAAAUUAAUAACCCUCGCACAGACGGAUAAGAAGACCCGUGAAGAUAAGGAACGGAUUGGCGAUGAGAUUCGCUCUCAAGUGGACGCGCACCGAUACGUGUGGGUGUUUAGCGUGGCCAACAUGCGCAAUACUUUCCUGAAGACAGUUCGUCAGGACUGGCGUGGAUCGCGGCUGUUGUUUGGACGUACCCGAGUCAUGGCCAAGGCGUUGGGUCGCACUCCAGAGGAAGCUUACCUGCCUGGGCUCGAUGAGCUGGCAUCGGACGAGGCCGGAUACAUGGCAGGCGAUAUUGGCCUGCUGAUUACAGACGAGGCACCAGAUGUUGUACGAGACUACUUUGAGUCUUUUGUCAAGACAGACUUUGCACGCGCAGGACUCAAGGCCCCACUAACAUUUAUUGUUCCAGAAGGCAUUGUUUACUCGACCGGAGGACGCAUCCCAGCUGAGGACGAUGUUCCCAUGGCACACUCGCUGGAAACCACUCUCAGAGGCCUCGGCAUGCCUACACAGUUGAAGAAUGGAAAGAUUAUGUUGGGUGGUGAUUACACUGUUUGCAAGGAGGGCGAUGAGCUGACGGGAAAGCAGACACGGUUGUUGAAGCAGUUUGGCAUUGCGGUUGCCGAGUUUAAGAUUGAGCUACGCGCUUACUACGACAAGGACAGUGCGAGUGUGACUAAGGAGGAGCCGAAGGAGUCGAGCGAUUGA